AUGGAGGAUUCUAGCAGUGCAAGCUCCAAGUCUAGUGAAAAGUCUCCUGUAAAUGCAAAAAAUAAGAUGUUGUCAGAGGAAAAAGAGAACACAUCCCCAAAUGCUAAGUUACAUGAUAUAGUAUCACACAAAGUUUCAAAAAAGGAGAUUCAAAAGGCAUCAGAGGAAUUUCCUGCACAAGGAGAGGAGAAAGAUACUGAACAUAACAUCAAUAUUAUUCACAAGAUGACAAGGGCAACAGAUUUAUCACCAAAAAAGCUUGGCAAAAGUGGUAAGAAGGCUAAGAGUCAAGAGAAUUGCAGACAUAUACAGAAGUACAAGAGAAGAUUGGGGAUGAAGGAGGCUUUUGCUAAUUGUAAUGGAAAGAUAUGGGUGUUUAUAGAUGCAGCAGUUCAAUGGGAAAUAAUAAUGAAUACUGAUCAGCAAAUAACUCUGAAAUUAAACCAUCCGGACUUUGAUACAGACAUUAUUACAACUUUUUUCUAUGCCAAGUGUGAUGCUGGUGAAAGAUUGAAGUUAUGGGAUAAUUUAUAUCAUUUAGCAAGUUCUAUAGACCAGCUCUGGUUGGUAGGUGGAGAUUUUAAUGUCAUUCUUUCUGAAGAGGAAAAGUUAGGGGGUCUGCCAGUUACUCUGAAUGAAUGUGAAGAUUUUGCAUUCUGCAUUAAUUCAUGUGAUUUGUUUGAUAUGGGGUUUAAAGGGAGUCCAUACACUUGGUGGAAUGGAAGGACAACUGGAGAUUGUAUAUUUAAGAGGCUUGAUAGAGUGGUGGUGAAUCAACAAUUCCAGAAUAUGUUUGCAAAUAUAGAGGUGGAACAUUUAUCCAGAAUUGAAUCAGAUCAUACCCCUUUGAUGUUUAAGCUUAAGCUAAAAAAGCUUAAAGGGGUGUUAUCAUUUUGGAGCAGAGAAACUUUUGGGGAUAUUUUUCAACAACUAGCAAUAAGAGAGGAGGUAGUGAAGGUGAAAGAAGCUCUAUUUGAAGAGGACCCAAGUAUAGUGAAUAGAAUUGUUCUUCAGAAGGCUCAAGCUGAGAUGAAACAAUAUCUGAAUAUAGAGGAACAAUAUUGGAAACAGAAGGCAGGAUUUUCAUGGUACACUGAAGGAGACAGAAAUACUGCUUUUUUCCAUAACUAUGUCAAUGGAAAAAGGAGGAACUUAAUGAUCAAAGGAAUUUCUGAUGAUAGUGGGAAUUGGCUAGAUAAUAUGGAACAAAUAUCUAAAGAAGCUGUAAGAUUUUUUCAGAAUCAAUUUACUCAGGAGGCUGGACAUUCUGAUUUUGACUUGCUAAAGCAUAUUCAUUCUAUGUUUUCCCAUUACCAAAACAUGGAGCUUUGUGCUUAUGCUUCCAAAGAGGAAGUCAAACAAGCAGUUUUUGCACUUAGUGGGGAUAGUGCUAGUGGGCCAGAUGGUUUUACAGGGUUGUUUUAUCAGCAGUGUUGGGAGAUUAUUGGUGAUGAUGUGUUACUAUCUUUUUUUGAUGGUACAGAGCUCCCAAAGUCUGUCACUCACACUAAUCUGGUGCUCAUUCCUAAAAAACAUCAUGUUCAAUCAUUCUCAGAUUUAAGACCUAUUAGUCUUUCAAAUUUCAUUAAUAAGGUUAUCUCAAGGGUAAUUCAUGGGAGAAUGGAAAAAGUGAUACCUAGUUUGAUCUCUUCUAAUCAAUCUGGGUUUGUGAAGGGCCGAACUGAGGUUUUGUCUAGAGCUCUUAAUUCAUUAUUUGAGGAUCCAGGGUAUGUUGGGUAUGGUAUGCCAAAAUGGUCCAGGCCUCUAAACCAUUUGGCAUAUGCUGAUGAUUCAAUCAUCUUACUUCAGCCUAUUCAGAAUCUCUUAAGAAAGUCACGGCAGAAUUAUGAGGUAACUUCUGGUCAGCUAAUAAACAAAGAUAUGAGCUCUUAUUACAUGAAAAGAAAGGAGUACUACUCAGGUUUAAUUAAGAAAGUUAAAGGUAGAUUGCACUCAUGGAAAGGUAAAAUCCUCUCUUUUGGUGGUAAAGCAGUCCUGAUUAGAAGUGUACUCCAGACCAUGCCAGUACAUUUAUUAUCAGUACUGGCACCUCCUAAAUGUGUUUUAAAUGAACUAUAUAAGAUUUUUGCCAGAUAUUUUUGGAGUAACAAAGCUGAAGGAAGAAGUAGACAUUGGAUUGCAUGGAAGGAUGUGUGUCUUCCAAUCCAAGAAGGGGGUCUAGGUUUUAAAUCUCUUUUUGAUGUGUCUAAUGCUCUGUUUGCUAAGCUUUGGUGGAGGUUUAGAACUUCAAAUUCAUUGUGGGCUAAUUAUAUGUGGAAUAAAUAUUGUAAGAAAGAGAUGCCUAUCUUGGUACAGUGGAAAUGA